GUCUCCAAGGCAGCUUGGGGGCGAGCGGGCCGGCCGGUAGGGUUGGGAGCCGCAGCGGCCGAGGGACCCGCAGCAGCGGCGCGGCGGGGCCCAGCGCGGGCUCGCAGACGACGCUCUCGCAAACUUGGGACGCACCUUCCGCGCCACGGCGCCCGCGCCCAGAGCCAUGAAGAUGGUCGCGCCCUGGACGCGGUUUUACUCCAACAGCUGCUGCUUGUGCUGCCAUGUCCGCACCGGAACCAUCCUGCUCGGCGUCUGGUACCUGAUCAUCAAUGCGGUGGUAUUGCUGAUUUUAUUGAGUGCUCUGGCUGAUCCAUAUCAGUACCACUUUUCAAGUUCUGAAUUAGGAGGGGACUUUGAGUUCAUGGAUGAUGCCAACAUGUAUAUUGCUAUUGCAAUUUCUCUUCUCAUGAUCCUGAUAUGUGCAAUGGCUACUUAUGGAGCAUACAAGCAACAUGCUGCCUGGAUCAUCCCGUUCUUCUGUUACCAGAUCUUCGAUUUUGCCCUGAAUACCUUGGUUGCAGUUACUGUGCUUGUUUAUCCAAACUCCAUUCGGGAAUACAUUCGACAGCUGCCUCCUGAUUUUCCCUACAGAGAUGACAUAAUGUCAGUAAAUCCUACCUGUUUGGUUCUUAUUAUUCUUCUGUUUAUCAGCAUUAUCCUGACAUUUAAGGGUUACUUGAUUAGCUGUGUUUGGAAUUGUUACCGCUACAUCAAUGGCAGGAAUUCCUCUGAUGUCCUGGUUUAUGUUACCAGCAAUGACACUACGGUCCUGUUGCCCCCGUACGAUGAUGCUACUGCUGUAAAUGGUUCUGCCAAGGAGCCGCCGCCACCACCUUAUGUGUCUGCCUGAGCUGGUGGUGGAGAUGGGAGAAGCAGCUCUGCUUUGCAAACAUCUGAAAAAUAGUUCUGUAUGUUUAGUUCCUAGAUGAGCUGUUUGAGUUGUCCAUUGUUACAAUACUAUAUUUUACAAUUUAGUUAUGUCGAGACCUUGUGUAGUCUCAUAUAUGUACUUUUAGCUAGAGUUCUGGGGUAGUGUACCUGUGUAGGGUUCUUUCUAUAGGAAUGGGGUGUAAUUGAGAUCCAUUAGUGUGUUCCUGAAAUAUAGAUAGACUUCAAGCCUCUUUUGUACCUACUCAGUCCCAAAGCUGAGCAAUGGGUUAAUUUUCCCCCUAUCUUCUCUUUCUCAUGAAACUGUAAGACAAAAUCAAAAUUAGAUAAUGCUUUUUCUUAAACCAUUCUAGUAUCCUUACAAAUCCUCAAAAAAAAAAAGCAAGGAAUAUUAAUUGCUCAGUCAUUGCUUUAGUUAGGUAAAUAGGCACCCUCAUAUAUAUGUUAGAAAGAAUGAUCGUACUAUUUCAUAAAUGACAUUUUAAAUUUGCUGGUCAAGGAUUUUCUCCAUGGGCUGAAUUACAAGUAUUAAGCAAUACUGGACAGUGGAUAGCAGAAACUUAAUGAGUUCUGGGUGGUGGGGAUAUCUCCUCUGGUUAGAAGGGAACUGAUUAGUGUGGCACUGUCAGAGACCUAAUGCCCCUUUUCUUCCAGUUUCCAUCCUACCUGAUAACUCUCUUUACUAAGUGUCCUGUCCUAACUUGAUCCACAAAAGUUAUCCACUCACUUUUCAAGGAGAAUUUACUCAUAUGGUAAUUUCCUAAAUAUAUGGAGACAUGUUUCCUUUUUUUCCUAUAAGGUCCAUUCUGCUACUUUGAAUUUCCAGGUAUGCCUAGUCAUCUUUACAACGUUCAGGCUUUAGAAAAAAAUGAAGAAGGUGAUUUUCUUUGUGGAAUGCUUUUGUCUUGAUUGCUUGAAUUGAAAGGACUUUUAUGUGUUCAUAUUAAAAAAGUUCUCUUGCUUGUUUGUUGUUGAAUAUGCUGUAAAUGAAGGCUUUUACAAUUAAACUGACGUUUGUCCAUAUCUAAGAAAAUAA